AUGACGACGAGAGGGAGUAGAUCGGAGAAGGUGAGAAGAAUUUUCCAGCAAUUUGAUUUCAACAGAGAUGGUAGCCUCAACAGAGAAGAGAUGUCUGCCCUUGUUGUCGCUGUAAACCCUAGGGUGAAAUUCAGUGACGAACAAAUCAGCGCUAUCCCCGACGAGGUUUUCCGAACGUACGGCGACUUUAUUGACGGCGAAAAGGGCCUGACUUAUGACGGUCUGUUGCGUACGUACGACGACGGCGCCGGUGACGUCGACCAUGAUUUUGAGGCACUUGCGCUUGAAAUGAAAACGGAUGACGAUAAUGAAGCUGCGUCUUCGUUAGCUUUAGAAGAAGCUUCCACUUCAUCGGUGCUUGAAAGGGUUUCGUCUGCCGGACAACAGAAGUCACACCGGACGGCAGCCUGGGCGGCGUCGCCGAACCACGGAAUUAUCUUUGACGACACAUGGAAGCUCGUUGACGAUUUGGAAAUUCUGAUCAAGAGAUUAAAAUCGAAGCAAACCAAAGACGGAAAACCAAAAGGGGAAAGCCUAAAACACUACAUCCAAGAGUGA